AUGGUACUUAAAGGUAACAGGAGAGGGAAAGGGAACAGGAUUGGAAAAGCAACAGGAGAGGGAAAGGGAUCAGAAGAAGGAGAGUUUAGGAGCAAGUCAUCCCUUAGAGGGAAGAUUUUCUGUAAGGUUCUAAAGAGACAGUCUUGUUUGGAUGUUCAUUUGUACAGUAUGCUGCGUGGAUGGCGCCUUUACGUUCUCUUAGUGCUGGCUUUCCACGGCUUUUACGUCAACCUGCAGCGGAGGAUGACCAUCGCAUUUUGGCUUGUUAAACUCUGGGUUAAGAGAGUUUUAAGCCGACAGUCGGCUAGAGGGUCAGAAGAGCAGAGUGACGCCAUGGGAGAGGGCGGCGCUGGCCACUGUUCCCGGAGUGUGGCCAGAGUUAAAGCCGAUGAAUUCAGAGAGUUUGUUAAUAAACUGAGACAUUGCCCGUGGCAAUACAACGAGUCUGAACACAAUAAGAUUAAAUUGCCAUUAGGAGAUUGCUGUAAUGCACGACACAUGUUACUGGUCACCCAAGAAAAUGCUCCUCUUGGACAUAAACUGAAAUUUGAGACAGACCCCAGCAGAAAAAUUGAAGUGACAGAGAAUAUCUACCGAAUGCUGCCAAAGAUCUCUCCAUUCCUCGGGAAACCCUUCAGGACCUGUGCUGUGGUCGGCAAUGGUGGCAUUUUACUGAACAGUUUCUGCGGGAAAGAAAUUGACACGAUGGAUUUUGUGUUCAGGCUUAAUCUACCUCCUCUCAACCUGCCACAUGACAUCGGUACAAAGUCCCACCUCAUCAGUGCCAACCCAAGUAUUCUGAUAAAAAAGUUUGGAAGGCUCUUUGAAAGCCGGAAGCCUUUCAUCGAACUUGUCAAAGGUUACGGCUCUGCAAUGAUCAUACUGCCAGCUUUCUCCUACGUCCACAACAAAGAUGUUUCCUUCCGGGCCUUGUACUCUGUAGAAGACUUCAAUUUGGAAAACAAAGUUGUGUUCUUCCAUCCAGAGUAUCUUAAAAACCUUUCAAGCCACUGGAAAGAGAUGGGCGUUCAGGCCAAUCGUCUAUCUUCGGGGCUCAUGAUGGUCAGUGCUGCUAUUGAACUCUGCAACAAAGUUACUCUCUACGGGUUUUGGCCCUUUCCUAGAGACCCAGAGGGGAAUGCUAUCCCUCACCACUAUUAUGAUAAUAUAUACCCUAAACCUGGUUUCCACUCCAUGCCGGAUGAGUUUUAUACCUACACAAAGAUGCAUUCAAAGGGAGUGCUUUAUCUGCAAGUUGGGAAGUGUUAA